AUGGCCACUUCAUUAUGGAGAGGGCUUACUGUCCUCUCCUUUCUGCUUUGCAUAGCUCUACCAGCAUUUGCAACUGUUUCAAUUAGGGGAGUCCAAGAAGGUGUCAACCAUGAUACUGGCGAACGGCCAUCUAGAAAGAAUCUUGCGACAUGGGAGUUUUCCGGACCGGCUUUCGAUCUUUAUAUACAAGCUCUCCGUGCUGCCCAAUACGAUGACCAAGAGGAAAUUCGCAGCCAGUACUCUAUUGCAAGUGUCCACGGGUUGCCGUAUGGGCCAUGGGAUGGUGGUGAGCGUACCUCUCGCGAGCAGGGAUAUUGCUUGCAUGACUCCACUUUGUUCCCUCUAUGGCACAGGCCUUACCUGGCUCUUCAUGAGGAAGUUAUCUGGACACAUGCUCAGAGAAUAGCUGCCUCUUACCCGGAGGAAGAUCGCGCCAAAUACGUUACUGCUGCAAGGACCCUGAGGAUUCCAUACUGGGAUUGGGCAAGCAACCCUGAUGUUCCUCGCUCUAUGACUACCCCUGAAAUCGAGAUAAAUACUCCUACUGGCAUGCAAAGCAUCGAGAACCCUCUGUAUCAGUACAAUUUCGAGCCUUCGGUACAAAAAGGGUUCCCAGCAGGGGAUGGGUUUACAUCUAUCCCUCAUUCUACUCGAUAUCCUGACGGAAACGGUGAAUCCCAAAAUGACCGGGCAAUCAGAGCAAUGAGAUCAAAUGGCGCAUCUCUUCGUUCGAGUGUCUACCAACUUUUGAGCAGCGAGUCGGAUUACAGUACCUUCUCAACCCAGGCAUUGCCAGACCGUGACGGGUAUAACAAUGUCGAAACUAUACACGGAUAUGUUCACGGCUUGGUCGGUGGCCAGGGCCACAUGACCUACAUCCCAUGGUCUUCUUAUGAUCCGAUUUUCUGGCUUCAUCAUGCCAAUGUUGAUCGACUCAUUGCACUUUGGCAAGCCAUCUAUCCUGAUUCAUACGUCGCACGAGUGCCGAACGAAGGAGGCGCAUAUAUGACUGAGCGAGGAACUAUAGAAGAUGGAAACACACCCUUGUACCCAUUUCAUGCGGAUGGCAACACAUACUAUACUGCCAACAGCGCACGGUACACCAGGACUUUCGGGUAUACCUAUCCGGAAAUUGAAGACUGGGGUGUCAGCAAGGCGGAUCUGCAAAGAAAUGUUCGGCGACAUGUGAACGAAUUGUACAACAACCCAUCCCAACAAGCUGCGAAGCGGGCCACAAUCCAUCGUCGAACCCAAAUGUACGAUUCGCAUAUCCGAGACAGUAACAAAAGCCACUCGACCAACGGUGGGGGAGCUAGCUUUGAGAGUAUGUUGGACGAUGCCUUUGAUAUGGUUGAGGCCAUCGGUGACUCGAUCAGCCAAAGUUUGGAUCGAUUUGACGAAUGGGGUGUCAACAACAUGAAGAAGCAGUGGGUUAUCAAAAUCAGGGUUAACAAGAGCGCAGUGGGCAGACCCUUCAGUAUCCACUUCUUCAUGGGAGACCCGCCAAAGGACUCGAAUACCUGGAGUUAUGCCCCCAACCUGAUAGGUUCGUAUGCAACAUUCGUUCAUGGAAUGGGUAUGCCAGACCCUAGUAUGGUUGCUGGAGAGGUCCCGCUUUCGCCAGCCCUCGCUGCUCUACUCUCUUCCAGCACCAUUCUUGGCUUGGAUGACACCAUUGUGGUCCCCGUCCUAAGCAAAUUCCUCACUUGGGAAAUCCAGGAUCAAGAUGGGAAUGUCAUUCCGAUCGAGGACAUUGUCAAGUCCAAUGGUGGUAAAGGACUAGAGAUCCGCAUUGCUAAGCGUGAUGUCCAGCCCUUGACUAAGGGUGACCUGGACAACUUCCCAGAGGUCGGAGAGUGGGAGAUGUAUGAUAGCAUUACCAAGGGGAAGGUAGGCGGUUAUUAA